UAUUCAGCGGAGCGGCGCCCUCAACACACAGCCUCUGAAUGGAGAACAGAACAUUCUGCCUGUAACCGAGUCGCAGUGAAACCCGAGGAAGACGAGACAAACAUCCGAGGAAGAACACUUCACAGAAAAACCUCGCUUUGAUAGGCAAGAUUUGUUUCCCAGUUUUCCUGUAAAAACUCGUCGUUUUUUCGGGACAACCGACUGAAGCCGUGACCGUCUUCAUCGGCUCGAUCAGCCCUGUUCAUCUAUCAAUGUUGUAGCGAUACCAGCCUCUUCCCCCGGGCUCAUUCAGCGACUCCCCGGUUGCUGAGCACUCGACAGAAACACGGCUUGUGCACCGAGGUAGCAGAGGAGGAGGAAACACCCCCGGCAGCUCUCACAGGACAUGGACGCGACCAAAGCUGGAGGCGUAAUAGCCUACAUCAGCUCGUCCAGCCCGGAGUCCUGCAUCAGCGACUCCUCCGGCAGCUACCAGUCGUCCUCCCCACCACCUGGCACCUCACCAGGCUGCCGCCAGCUCGGUCAGCCGGCUGACCCCACACUCCCUGCCGGUGGCCAAAACAAUCCAGCUCCAAAGACUGGACGCUCCUCCUCUGUAAAAUGUGGGAUCACAAAAAUCAAUGGCCUGGUGCUGCUGUGUAAGGUCUGCGGUGAUGUGGCGUCUGGUUUCCACUACGGCGUCCAUGCCUGUGAGGGCUGCAAGGGCUUCUUCAGGAGGAGCAUCCAGCAGAACAUCCAAUACAAGAAGUGCCUUAAGAACGACAGCUGCCCCAUCAUGAGGAUCAACAGGAACCGCUGCCAGCAGUGCCGCUUUAAGAAAUGCCUGAUGGUGGGGAUGUCCAGAGACUCCGUGCGCUUUGGCCGAAUCCCGAAGCGGGAGAAACAGCGCAUGCUGCUGGAGAUGCAAAGUGCCAUGAACAACAUGAUGAACAACAGUCAGCUGCAAAACCAGUUGCACAGCAGCCAGACGCUACCUAUCGCCAAGCCGCUGCCGGCCAGUGCCACAGAACCUACCUCAGAGCACACCGGCCCCGGCCCGGCCCCCUCCCGCUCUCAAUCCUCCUUGCUUUGCUCUAGCCCUUCAGACUCCAGCUCAGACCCCCAGCCCACCGUGGCUAUGGACAUCAGCCCCAGCUCAGCCUCAAUAAGUGCGCCUGACAGCGGGGAGGAGGAGGUGAUUGGAACAUUGACCAGGGCCCACCAGGAGACCUUCAUGUACAACCAGGAGCAGAGUAACCUAAUGGCCGAGGCCCCGGCCACCACCGGCCCCCUGGAUAGCGGCUCUGAUCAAAACGCAGCUAACUGCUGGAAGGAAGAGCAGCAGGAGGCCUGGAACCACCACCACAAUAUGGCCACCAUGGCAGCACAGGACCCCUCCUCCAGCUUGGGCCCCAAGGGUCCAGAGGACAACAGCACCAACCAAUGUCCCUUCAGACUGUCCAGAAGCAGCUCCAGCCACUGUCCAGCCUACGCACACGGAGCCUUCAGAGCUCCAGUUGCAGAGGACCCAUCCAACGGCGGCCCCAGUGGGCUUCAGUGGAGAGAAGGCCGACGGAUGCAUCUGGUUUGUCCGAUGAACACUUCUCCUCACGUGGACCCACAGAAAUCUGGCCACGAGGUGUGGGAGGAGUUCGCCCACAGCUUCACCCCCGCCGUCAGGGAGGUGGUGGAGUUUGGCAAGAAGAUCCCAGGCUUCAGAGAUCUGUCCCAGCAUGACCAGGUCAGCCUGCUGAAGGCUGGCACGUUUGAGGUGCUCGUGGUCCGUUUCGCUUGUCUCUUUGACGUGAAGGACCGAACCGUAACCUUUCUGGGUGGGACGAAGUACAGCGUGGACACUCUGAGGGCCAUGGGCUCCAGCGACCUCCUCAACUCCAUGUUUGACUUCAGUGAGAAGCUCAGCAACCUGGGCCUCAGUGAGGAGGAGAUGAGCCUCUUCACUGCCGUGGUCCUGGUCUCUGCAGAUCGCUCAGGCAUCGAGAACGUGAACUCUGUGGAGAUGCUGCAGGAGACGCUGAUCCGUGCACUGCGGAGCCUCAUCACCAAGAACCACCCCAACGAGUCGGCCAUCUUCACCAAGCUGCUGCUCAAACUGCCCGACCUGCGCUCGCUCAACAAUAUGCACUCAGAGCAGCUGCUGGCCUUCAAGGUCCAUUCCUGAGGUUUGCUUGAAUACUUGAUCCCCACACCCCUCCCUCUGCCCCCCCCCCCCCCCCCACGGGCGGAAUGUGAGCAACCUGAACUAUAGCCCAAACAUGACAUUUAAAGGGGGAGGAGGACCAUGACAUGUUAUUGUACUGUACUGUAGGGCGUAACUGCCUGUGUGAUGGUAAUGCAUACAUACAGGAACACUGCUUGAUGUACAUGUUUCCUGUGUUUGUGUGUAGCAUACUGUGCGUUUGCGACCGUGCAAACGUUAGAAGCACUUUUGUGUAUAGUGUAGGCUGGUAUUUUUUGCAUUCAUAGUGCAAUAUGUGACUGCUUUUUGAUUUGAGCUGUAUAGUGAGAAGUCGAGAAGCUUGUGUACAUGUGUUCAGUGAAACACAUGAAUUUGAAAAGGUGCUGUGCUGAUGUGAUCAGUGGAAAAUGUAAACCUAAAAAAAAAACAAAAAACUGUCGAGGGGGUAUCCUCUUAAUAAACCACGAAGCAGACGACAAUUAGAGGAAUGUGGACGUGAAGCUGCGUAAAUGUCUCAGCUUCACACUUUGGUCCUAUGAGAAAUCAGAGAACGUUUCAUUUGAUUGAGAUAAACAGAAGAAGGCGAUGUCUCAUUUGAAGCUUUCUCUCAUGCAGUUGUGUUUGUUCUAUGCUGUGUUUGUGUCAGUUACAGGAUAUUUUUCUAAAUUAUUUGGGAAUUUUGACAAAUCAAAUGUAUCAGUGCCGCUCUGUUGCUUGGUGACACAGGAUUUCUAUUCACAGAUCAGUGGAAACUCUGAACCAUUGAAAUCAAAUUUUGGACUUAAAGUAUUUUUCUAAAACAAAACAAAAAAACAUAUUUCUGAGAUUCCAGUGUCUGCUGUCCUCCUAUUCCUGGGUCAUGUUGAGUUUCCUGGUCAAGCACCUAAUGCUGCUGACACUCCCUGUCACCAGCAACUUCCACUUGCUUGAAUGAACUUAAUUACUUUUGCAUUUAACAAAACUGUACAGGCUUUAGUUGAGCAUUGUGAAACUUAAUAGGUAGGACUGUUCUACAUAAAAAAAAAAAAAAAUGACUGUAAUAUCACUGAAGUGAUUGUAGCUUAAGAUAUAAGCUGAGUCGAGGUGAUAUCUGAGUUGCUGGUGUGAAGACUUUUUGUGAUGCCAUCUUUUCGUUCCAGUGUAAUUUUCAGAAUGUCUGGUGUUGGAUAUCCAGAGCUUCGGUCUUUGUGUUAACAUUGCUAAAAUGUGUCUCUGUUCUCCUCUGUGAAAGGAUUGCAGUAUGCAUAGAUUUCUAUAUAAAUAUAUAUACAUAUACUAUCAUACAUAACUGUAUAGAUGAAUAUAUCUAUAUGAAUAAAUUUUCUAAAUGCA